GGAUUAUCCAAAUCUUUACUUUUCUCUCAUCGUAUCUAAAAAUUGAAUAACAGAGAAUUAAAAAACACAUUUUACAUUAGUUUUGCAAUGGCAUACCGAAUAAUUUCAAGCGCCUGUAACAGACACUUCGAACGACUUGUCUUGAAUGAUCUCGGCAGAUGUAGUUUAUCCAGAAAUUUAAAAUUUAAACAUGAUUUAGCAUUUCUUACACGCAAUGACGAACGAAUCUCUCUGUUCGAAGCAUUUUUAAACCGAUGGAAAGUUUUGCUAUCAGGAGAGACACCGAAAGGUUUUGGAGCUAUCUUGAAGCAAGAGAAAUCGUCUGAUGCAUCUGAAGACAAGCCAAAUAAAUCACAAGAUUCCACUAAGCCACCUUCCUCCAAACCAUCAAAGUCAUCGGCAUCUUCUGAUGCUAACAAACCGCCACCUGACUGGAACUUCGGUAUGUUCGGACCAAACCAUGCGCCUGGCGGUAAAAGUGGAAGCAAUUCGGGCCAAGGGAGACCCAUAGGAGGUGAACAACCACCCGACCAGACGAGAAUGUUAUUGUUUGGAGCUUUAGGCUUCAUUGCUUUCGUUAGUGCAUUAACAUUUUUCGAAAUGGGAUACAAAGAAAUUUCAUGGAAAGAUUUCGUGAAUAAUUAUCUUACCCGUGGUGUCGUUGAGAAACUUGAGGUUGUCAACAAAAAAUGGGUUCGCAUAAGACUCACGCCAGGAAAUUCAGCAUCUGAUGGAGUUUUAUGGUUUAAUAUUGGAAGUGUCGACUCAUUUGAGCGUAAUCUGGAAAAUGCUCAAACAGAACUCAAUAUUGAAGCAGUAAAUUUCAUCCCCGUCAUUUAUAAAACUGAAAUCGAAGCAUCAAGCUUAAGUGGGCUCUUACCAACAUUAUUAAUCAUAGGAUUCCUCAUUUACAUGAUGAGACGAUCUGCUGACAUGAUGGGAGGUCGAGGAGGUCGUAAAGGUGGUGGGCUCUUUGGUGGUGUCAUGCAAAGCACUGCAAAACUUAUCAAUCCUAAUGAAAUUGGGGUCAGAUUUUCUGACGUUGCUGGAUGUGAAGAAGCAAAAAUUGAAAUCAUGGAAUUUGUAAAUUUUCUUAAAAAUCCACAACAAUACAUUGACCUAGGCGCUAAGAUUCCAAAAGGUGCAAUGCUUACAGGACCACCUGGAACUGGUAAAACUUUAUUAGCAAAAGCAACAGCUGGUGAAGCAAACGUUCCUUUCAUAACUGUCUCUGGUUCUGAGUUUCUUGAGAUGUUUGUUGGUGUCGGUCCAUCAAGAGUACGUGACAUGUUCGCAAUGGCACGUAAACAAGCACCGUGCAUCUUGUUUAUCGAUGAAAUCGAUGCUGUUGGAAGAAAGCGAGGUGGAAAAUCGUUUGGUGGUCAUUCAGAACAAGAGAAUACUUUAAAUCAAUUGCUGGUAGAGAUGGAUGGCUUUAACACGACAACAAAUGUCGUUGUGCUUGCUGCAACAAAUCGAGUUGACAUUCUCGACAAAGCUCUUAUGCGUCCAGGUCGUUUCGAUCGUCAAAUCUUUGUUCCCGCACCAGACAUUAAAGGACGCGCAAGUAUUUUCAAAGUGCAUUUAGGUCCGCUUAAAACAGAAAUUAAUAAAACGGAAUUGGCACGAAAGAUGGCAGCUUUGACUCCUGGCUUUACUGGCGCUGACAUUGCCAAUGUUUGCAACGAAGCUGCUUUGAUUGCAGCCCGAGACAUGAACACUUCAAUUAUCAUGAAAAAUUUUGAGCAAGCAAUUGAAAGAGUGAUUGCUGGCAUGGAGAAAAAGACAAAUGUCCUUGCGCCAGAUGAGAAAAAGACUGUAGCUUAUCACGAAGCUGGUCAUGCUGUUGCUGGAUGGGUCUUGGAACAUUCAGAUCCACUUUUAAAAGUCUCCAUUAUUCCUCGAGGAAAAGGUCUUGGCUACGCUCAAUAUCUUCCAAAAGAUCAAUAUCUGCUGUCAACUGAACAACUUUACGAUAGAAUGUGCAUGACAUUAGGCGGACGAGUGUCGGAAGAAAUUUUCUUUAAACGAAUCACAACAGGCGCUCAGGAUGAUUUAAAGAAAGUCACUGAAAGUGCUUAUGCACAGAUUGUUCGGUUUGGUAUGAAUAAGAAGGUUGGAAAUGUUAGUUUUGACAUGUCACAGCCCGGUGAUCCGAUGUUCAGUAAGCCUUAUUCAGAACAAACUGCACAAUUGAUUGAUGAAGAGGCGAGAACAUUAAUCGAUGGAGCACAUAAAAGAACGACAGAUUUACUUAUGAAGCAUAAAGCAGAUGUUGAGAAAGUAGCCGAACGUUUGUUAAAGAAUGAAAUUCUUAAUCGUGAAGAUAUGAUAGAACUUUUAGGCAAACGUCCAUUCCCAGAGAAAUCGACUUAUGAGGAGUUUGUUGAAGGUACGGGAGGAUUGGAUGAAGAAACAGAUUUACCAUCAGGAUUGAAAGAUUGGAAUAAAGAAAGAGAAACAAAAGAAAAUCCUCAAGCUGAAAAGAAGUAAAAAUAGAAACGAAACUUUAUCUUAGCUUAUUUGAGUUGUUUAGUCAAAGAAAAAGAGAAAAAAGAUGUUUACAAAGUUUAAUCAAUUUGCAUUCAAAGAUUCAACAUUAAGUGAGAAAAUAAUAAAAGAAAGAAUUUUCACAAAUUUCAUUCGUUGAUUAUUUGAUUGUACGAUUUUCCAAGAGAUUUUUUACUAUUUUUAAUGUAAUUAACAGCUGAUCGAAGUGCGAUGAUGAACUCAAUUAAAGUUGAACUGUUUUUGUUUUUUAAGAAAAUUGCAUGAGCGAGAAAAGGUAAUUUGCGUAAUGUUCGUCCACUAAGUCCAAUUGAAUCUUUGGACAACUCAAUCAUUAAUUCAGCAGUGGCACUUGGUAAAGAUGAUUGAAGAUCUUGGAAAGUUUCUUUUAAUUCAUUUUCUCGUUCGUCAAUUUUCAAAUUGUUGAUUAAUUCUUUCUCGCUCAACUCGAUUAUUGACGAUGAAAUGAUUUUGUAAAUGGCUUCUAGCGACGGUUCAACAAUAUGUGUGACAAUGUCUGCUCGAUCAAGAAAUGCAUGAUCAAUGCUUGAUGUAAGAUUGCUUGUUGUUAUCACAAGAACAUUCGGAUAUUUCUUUAUACGAUCGAGUUGAGUGAGAAAAGCGUUUACAACUCGCACUGAAUCUGAUGGUUCGUUAUUAGAAAUAUUUCCACGAGCAUAAGCGAUCGACUCAACUUCAUCAAUUAAAACACAAACGAGACUUGAAUUUGUCUCCACGAUCUCUUGAAUUUGUUGAAACAUUUUUUGAACGAGCUUUCCACUUUCUGAGAACCAUUUACUGAACAAUGAAUGACUGUUGAUCUCAAAAAGAUGUGUGAAUGGAAACGUCGGUUUCAUUCGUAUGGAAAGCUUUUGUGCAAGAGCUUUUGCGAGAGAAGUUUUACCAGUUCCAGGAGGGCCGUGAAGUAGAAUUAGUCGAUUACAUGAAACGAUGUUCUGAUUGAUGUUCUUUUGUGAAAAAAGCAAAAUUGUUUGAGCAAAAUCUAGCAAUUCCUCUUUAAGAUUUCCGUCAUAAAUUAGCGACUCCCAAAGGUCAAUAAAUGUCUCAUCUAUAUUUGGAAGCAUCCAAUGUGUUGAAGCAGCUACUUGCUCAUCAUCAUUGCCUUCAAUUGAUUCAGUUUCGGCUCCUUGAUCAUGAUACUCGAAGUAAAUACAAUUCAAAACGGGUUUUUCAGGAUUAAUAGGUAUAUUACAAAUUGUGAUUGAAUAUAUUUGCUCUUUAAAAUCAUUGAAUUCUGGAAAUGUUUUAGAAGGAAUUUUCAAAAUCAUUGAUUUAUGAAUUCUUUUCUUCGAUAUCAUUUCAAGUAUCCCAUUUUCGAUCAAUUCUUUUUCUACAGAAGCUUUUCGUUUAGCUAUUUCAACUAUAACACUCAUGUUUGAUAUUUUUUAUUUACAGAUUUUCUUUUAAUAUGCUUGCUUCUUUUAUGAAUUUCUUUACAAACUUGUUUUGAGUGUUUUACUGACCGACAAUUU